AAUUAAAUUAGACUUUGGCAGAAAUUGGAGCUUUGAUUUAAUCAAGAUCUCCCUGGCACGUUGGCCGUUGGCGGCUUGGCGCCAAAAUUUCAGUUGACAGACUGCUGCAACAUCAUGUUGAUGUGUCCACUGCUAGCUGAUGUUUUCCUCAAGUUUCAUUAUGAGCAUUGACAAGACUUCGUUAGCUGAGCACUUCAUGACAAAUUCUGUCCCGACCCAGUCUGCACUGCACAUGAAAAGCUACCGCAUUGUUUCUAUUAACGGCGAACCAACGAAAGCACUCUAUUACCAGAAUGAUUUAAUUGCACUAGGGAGUGAAGACCAACUGAUACCUAAGCUAGAUACAGUUGCAUUCCCCAUGGAAUCGUCGGUACCAUUACAGCCAGGAACAUGCAACGUUCCAGCGUAUGCCUGCGAGACAGUUCAUGAACUAGAUUCACUUGGUGCAGUUUCCCAGGAUAUUGUAUAUCCGUAUUCGGUUUCCUCACUGGGCCAAGGACAGCAUACGUUCAGUGUAACCACUGCUACGCUUUCAUUAGAGGGUAUAUCUGGUCACACCGAACCCAUGGAAAAACUCUGGACCUCGCUGUCCGUGAACAAGACGCACAACAGCGCUGAAAACGGGCUAUUAGAAGACACCCAAACUCUGUCCUUUCCACGUGAACGAGACAACAGUUGGUUUUCAGGAAUAUUCACUGGCAGCGAACUUCAUCUUAACGGUCAGCAGAAUGCUUGUAUUGGCCACCAAGUUUCUGGGAAUGACAUUCCUCCUGAACAAGUUCAAUCUCUCUACGCUUACGACAACCAGCCAUAUUACAGCAAAGCAUCUCUACAGUCCUAUGGCCACCAAGUUCACCAGAACCCAGGAAUGUCCACAGAAUCAAAAGCAACACAGACAGAAACUGGAGUUUUGGACACACAAAUGGAUGCUCUUGACCUUACAACGGAUAAUAGAUAUCCAAUAAGCUAUGUCUGCUGCUGCACGCCACACCAGUACAUGAGUGCAAGAGAUCCCACGGCCGAACCGUCACCGAAACGACUGCACGUGGAUUAUCCGUAUAGUAAUGGCCAUGAUAAAAUCUCAUGUGAUCAAGAGUCUGCAAGGGCUGGUGGGACAGAAGCGUGCAGUGUGGCCAUCGCACCCCCGCCAGAUGUUGCUGCAGGAUGGGACACCUCUUCAUCAAGUAAUAAUGAUUCUGGUUGCUAUGUUGAAGGUUCUGCUCAGUCUCCAAAUCAUAGCAAUUCUCGUGAAGUCGUUGAUGUGUUAGAGGCCAUACUGCAAGAGAGGGUAUUAGCCGAAGUGAAACUGUAUUUUGAUUCCGUGAGGCAGAUGCUCAUAAAUACUGAUCACCAGCCAGCACGUUGCGCCGACUUAGAGGAAGAGGUUUUCCAUAGUCGAUACCUCCUGAAGAUGCAUCAGCUUGCAGCCAAGAUCACGCAUCUAAUCGAAAGACGAGCACAGUCUCAAUGAGAAAGGGUCUGAAGUUGGCAAUAAGGAGGACCCAGUCUGUUUGGGGGAGAGGGGUGGUAUUCCUAGCUUUGACAUUCCUUCAAGAACACUAUGGUUCAUACCCCUUCAGUCUUUGGGUCACCUUAGAAUUUGAGAAUUCUGAGGAGGAGCAAUUCACGAGCAGUAGGUGAUAGUGACGCCAUUUCUGGAGGCGAUCUGUAAUUAUGCAUAAUAUUCUGUGUGAUUUCUCUGGAAAUUCAUUAUCUUGUAUACUUCAGUCUUAAGUUUUUUCAUUCUUUUGCUUUUAUUUGCUACAGCACGUUUUACUUUCAUUGCAUUACACUUGCCUGACAUGAAAGGAGUAUAUUUAUGUAUUUUAUUCUCUUAUCUUUUCCAUUUGUUAAGAAGUUGAGAUGCUUUAUUUUUAAUAUGCUUAUCAGUCUUGUCUUGAAUAUAUCGUGAAUGGCUCGACUGCUCAGCCAGUUUGCAGUUUUAGUAAUGGACUUCACUAAAAAGUUUAGUUCCUUGAUAUAGUUGUCACUAUGCUUCAGGCCUAUACCCAUGAGCAAUGAUUGAAUUGCCGUGUCAUAUUAAGUGUUUACAUUGCAAAAUAACAUCAAAAUUGUUGUCCUAAUAAGAAGUACCAGUGCGAGCUAAGCUAAGACUAACAAUACUGUGUAUCGUUGUCUAAUUUUUUAGCUUUUGGUUUGAACCUCCUGAAGAAACCUUCAAUAAUUUUUGGUAAAGGGAAACUGAAAUAAAGGGAAUUUGUGUUUUAAUAAUGUUAUUUUUAAUAUUUUUCUUUACUUUAUACAGUCGCCUUUAAGAUAGAAUUACCUUAUUUUUAAAAGAAAAAUUAAAAUGUAAAGGUUUUUUUUUUUGGUUAUAGAUAAUUGUAGUACCUGUUUGUUACUUGAUGCAUAUGCAUUUAAAAUUUUAAUUCUAUGGUUUUUAUGUCAAACAAGGAAACCACCGAUUAAGAACCAGUUGGUUACUUUUUACUAAUCUCAGUAGCUUUUCUCCAGAGAGUAAUUUGGCCACAAAAUUUUUUUAUAAUUUUGUGAUGUUUCCUUGAAUGCUGAAGUGCAGGUAAAAUCCUCUUUAUCUAUACUUCCCUCCUAAUCAAUUUUUGAUAUGUCACCAGCAUAAUACUAUAUAUCUAAAAACUAAAUCGGGUUCAGCAGGUUUAGUAGUUGACGAUAGAGACGAAAAUUGUAUGAAUUUAUUGCCUUUAUUAAUAAUAUACCUCGUUUUAGAAGA